ACCUACAGGGUUGCCAGUUUCACCUCCUGAACACGGACUCUCCCGGCUCUGGAUCCAGACAGGCAGACAGACAGGCAGGUGGAUACGACCGAGACUCGGUAACGCCCACAGGGAACGCCUAAAGGUGAAGGCUGCUUGAAAAUCAUGGAGGAUCAAGACGCAUUUAAAUACAGUCCAAAAAGAGUUGCAGCUGUUUUUCAGUCUCUGCCUGACUUUGACUCGAGCUUGCAGCGUCGCCGUCUUAGGCUGCAGCUGACAGAUGAUGUGCCAGUUCAUAGCAGUGCAACUUGGCUGAGGAACGAUCCAGCUGCUUCCGGAGACUGUGACCGAGGAAAAGAGUCUAAACUUUCUGAAGGAGGUGACGAACCGACAAUUGAGGGAGCCUCUUUCCAGCAAAAAUCAAAACUGAAAGACGAGCUUGAUUUUGGUGACAUCCUGAUUGAAGAUGAGUAUGAGGACUCAGAUGAUGACCAUGCUGCUCCCUCUCUCCGUGGUAUGUCACCCACUGUAAGCAUACUCUCGGACGAGGAGCCGGACCUGGACCUGGACACGAAGCCAGACCAGAGCACAGAGACAGAAGUUUGGAGAACUGCCUGGCACAAGAAUCACAUGGCAGCAAUAAGUAGCGAGAAGUUUGACAUCCUCUUAAAGAGCCAUCCUGAUUUCCACGACUGUAAGAGCCACAUGGCAGCAUUUGUCUUGAUAAGAGAGGAGCUGGAUACAGCCAAUCACCCAUGUGAGCAUUACAAGGUGGUGGCUCUGGGAACUGGCCGUUCAAGCUGCAGCAAGUGGCUUUGCUACAAUGGGACGGUGGUGCAUGACUGCCACGCCAUCAUCACCGCCAGACGGGCUCUCCUGAGGUUUUUGUACAAACAGCUUCUGCUGUUCUUUGAUGCUGAUCCAAAGGCCAAGGAGAACUGUGUUUUCCAGAGUAGCACAGACAGUCACCAGCUCCAACUUAAACCUAAGAUCAGUCUGCAUCUCUACACCAAUCAGUGUCCUGAAGGAGCAGAUAAGAACGUCCAAUUCAGUAAAAUACAAGGUUCUGUCCUGUUCAUGGACCGUGCGAAUGAUAGUUGGACCAAUAUGAAGCUGCAGUAUCACACCAAGGGCCUGCUGGUACCUGUAGUCUCCCUCGACCCGAGUCUCUGGGGUGCCAGAGUGUGCUGCAUGUCUGGUAGUGACAAGCUGUGCCGCUGGACUGUCACCGGGGUGCAGGGUGCAUUACUGAGCCACUUCAUCCAGCCACUCUACAUCACCAGCAUGGUGCUAGGAGGCCAGAAGCACCUGAAUGAGGAGGUGUUUAAUAUCACCAACAUGCGACUGGGUGACGGAUGGAAGGAAAUUCUGCCGGCAUCCUAUAAAAAUCACCACAUCUUCUUCCUCUGUGGCAACUACGCGGGGCCUGCUGUGACCUCCACGCGACACGACAAUCUCAGCAUCAACUGGUGCUCCGGAGACGCGGAUAUUGAAGUUGUGGACGGCACCAAGGGCUUAAUCGUGGAUGGCUCUCCAUCUGUGAGUGGGCCCGGCUUCUCCAGCAGACUUUGCAAGAGAGCCCUCUACAGUUAUUUCCUCCGAGUUGCACAGCUGGGCGGGCAUAGCUACCUGCUGGAUCUCCCCUCCUACCACAGCGUCAAGGUGGAAGCCUUCGUCUACCAGACAGUCAAAGAUCUCGUCAAGCAGCAGUUUCUGAGCAGCCACGCAGGUCCCUGGAAUUCAAAAAAGCUGGUGGACUGCUUUAGCACUUGAAGCGCUCCCAGUAACGGGCCAUGUCAAAGUUUAAGUUCCUCUUUUGAGAUUAUGUUCACUGUUGUUUAUUGAACGCUUAAUUUAAUACCUUUUAACAGAAAUUCUGGCUUUGUUGUUUAUAUUAUAUUGUUGUGGUUUUCAGUUUGUGUAGGUGUUUGAGAAAAAUAAACGAGACCCUACUGUUAUGCACCACA